AUGACAUCCACAAACCCCGACCCCUCAGCCGCGGCGCCCGCCUUCAUCCCCCUCGAGGCGAACCCGGAGCUGAUGACGACCCUCCUGCACAAGCUCGGCCUCUCCCCCGCGCUCGCCAUCCACGACGUCUUCUCCCUGACGGACCCGGACAUGCUCUCCUUCAUCCCGCGCCCGGCCCUCGCCGUCCUCCUCGUCUUCCCCGUCAGCGCCGCCUACGAGAGCCACCGCCUGGCCGAGGACGCCCUGCUGGAGGAGUACAAGGGCAAGGGUCCGGACGAGCCGGUGGUGUGGUUCCGCCAGACGAUCCGGAACGCGUGCGGGCUGAUGGGGCUGUUGCACGCCGUCGCCAACGGGCCUGCUAGGGAGUACAUCCAAAAGCCUUCAGACCUGAACGAGCUCCUCGAGAAAGCCGAACCCCUGGACCCCGCCGCCCGCGCUCAACUCCUUGAGAAGACACCUGCUUUGGCGACGGCGCACCGCGAGGCGGCGUCGCAGGGUGCCACCGAGGCCCCUCAGGCGCAGGACGAUGUCGACCUGCACUAUGUCUGUUUCGUGCGCGGCACUGACGGCACGCUGUGGGAGCUCGACGGGCGUCGCAAGGGGCCGCUGGCGAGGGGUCAAUUGGAGGAGAACGAGGAUGCGCUGAGCGAAAAGGCGCUUACCUGGGGACCGUUGAAGUUCCUCGAGAGGGAGGGCGCGGACUUGCGGUUCAGCUGUGUUGCUCUUGCUCAGGCUAUGGAUUGA